AUGGGGCGCGCUGAGGUCGGUUCCACGAAAUGGCAGGCCAACAAGAUGAAGUCCAAGGGGCUUCAGCGACUGAGAUGGUACUGUGAACCAUGCAAAAAGCAGUGUAGGGAUGAAAAUGGCUACAAGUGUCACACGCAAUCCGAAUCACAUGUCAGGACUAUGGUGCUGAUCGGCGAGGACCCACGCAAAGCCAUCAACGAGUACUCCCAGCAGUUUUUGAGAGAUUUUCUCCUGUUGUUGCGAACUGCGCACGGCGAGAAGAAGAUUAACCUCAAUCACUUCUAUCAGACGUACAUCGCUAAUAAAGAACACAUUCACAUGAACGCUACGAAGUGGCCCUCACUUACCGAGUUCGGCAAGUACUUGGGAAGAGAAGGCAUAUGCCGAGUGUCAGAGGACGAAAAGGGCCACGGGCUUUGUAUCUCAUGGAUCGACAACAGCCCCGAGGCGCUGCGGCGCCAGGACGCUAUCCGAAAGAAGGAGCGGCAGGAGAAGGGCGAUGAGGAGCGUGAGCAGCGCAUGAUCCAGGAGCAGGUGGAGAAGGCGCGUGCCGAAGCCAAGGUCGAUGCCGAGCGGCAUGAUGAGGAGACGCAGCUGCAAAGGAAAGAGGGAGAAAAGAUUCAGUUGAACCUCAAGCCGUCAGUCGCAAAGACCCCAAGCCCACCUCAGCUCACCGGCCCAUCUCAGCCUCCAGCUGCGGACGCUCAAGUGGAGGCAACCGAGGAUCCAGCACAGGCAGCAGAGAAAGAGAGCGAUGCAGCUGCUCCCGCGGCGAAGCCAGCAUUCUCGAUGGGUUUGGGCAACAGCAAGCCUAAGAAUGUCUUUUCGUCGAAGAAAAACCCUCUUGCCAGCAAGAAGGUUGUUGUAAAGGAGCAGCCCAAGAAGAUGAGCGAGGCAGAGCGUAUCAUGAGGGAGGAAAUGGAACGGAAGCGUCUUCGAGAGGGUGGGGGACCAGCUGGUGGAGCCAAGCGUCAGCGGAUAGGAUGA